AUGCAGGCCAGCUGGGACAAACCGGGGCUGCACCCCACGACUCCCCUGCCUCCGCACAUCACAAUAUCUAUACAGCUCGUGAUGUCACUCAAGAUGGCUCCUCCUCCUCUUCUUCUGGUGUUUCUGCUGAGUGCACAAGGUGGAGCUUCUGGAGCAGAGUGGAGUAUCAAUUACAUCCAGCAGGAAAUAUGUGCUUUAAAUGGAUCUACAGUGUUUAUGAACGGAUCUUACACGAUCCCAGAGAAUCUUACAGUUACACAGAGGUUUUGGUUCAGUUAUUCUCUUGGGUUGACUGAUCUGAGUAAAGUCGCAGGUUACUCAGGCAGGGUUGAGUAUUUAGUUGAUAAACAGAAUCACUUCGCCCUCAAACUGAGUAGCGUAAAGAAGAAGGAUAAACAUGAGUACAUCUUCAGAAUCGUAACUAAUGUAGAAAUCCAGAAGUGGAUGGGAAAACCUGGAGUUAAACUCAACGUUACAGAGCUCCAUGUAGAAUCUCCUGGAGAAGUAACAGAAGGAGAAUCAGUAAAUCUGACGUGUAAAACCACCUGCAGUCUGACUGAUCCAACAUUCAUCUGGUACAAAGAUGGACGUCCUUUAACCACAGAGAUGAUCCAGAAGAAUCAGCAGCUCCACCUGCAGACAGUCAGCAGUGAGGAUGCAGGCAGUUAUAGCUGUGCUGUAAGAGGAUCUGAACAUCUCCCCUCUACUGCUCAAACUCUCAGAGUCAGACAUCCUCCAAAGAACGUCUCAGUGUCCAUCAGUCCCUCUGGUGGAAUAGUGGAGGGAAGUUCAGUUACUCUGACCUGCAGCAGUGAUGGAGACCCACCUGUGGAGAACUACACCUGGUUUAAAGAAGGUGGAGACUCACCUGUAGGAUCUGGACACAGUUAUGUUCCUCUACAGAGUGGAUCCUACUACUGCCAGGCUCAAAACCAACAUGGAGCUCAGAGAUCAGUUGCUGUACUGGUCAAUAUCAAGGGUCUCUGGGUGGUGCUGUAUGCAGUUGGUGGAGUGGUUGGAGUUUGUGGGCUUGCAGCUUUUCUUACUGGACUUUUCUGGAUGAGGAGACGGAAGAAGCAGGAUGUGAAUACGGAUGAGGACAUCUACCAGAAUGUUGGAGAUAUCUCUUGUCCUCCUGAUAAAGACUCCUCCAGUACUCCUGUUUAUGGGAAUGUAGAGGAUGUUGGAGAUAAAGCCCAUCCUCCUGAUGAUGAUGAUGAUGAUGAUGAUGAUGAUGAUGAUGAUGACUCUUCCAGUAUUGCUGAUUACGAGAAUGUGGAUGGCACUGUUUAA